UCCUCCCGGGUCGGAGCCCGGAGCCGGAGGGGGUCAGAGCGCGCCGGGCGCUGGUUAAAGAGGCGCGCGGAGGCGGGAGCGGCUCAUACAGCUAGUGGAGCGCGGAGGAGCGGCGCGUGGAGAAGCGGUCCACGUGUCUGCCCAGAGUCAAGUCCGGUGUUCCUCCCGUUCCUUACGCAUCCGCGGUCCAGGGCGCCCCUUCAGCCCCCCUGGUUUUCGCCCACCCCGGGCCUCGUGAGUGGGGCCCCACGCAGCUCCCCGCGCUCCGUUGGCCAACUUGGCCGAGAAACUUUGUCCGCGGAGCGGUGCUUGCGGGGGGAAGUACCGGGCACUGCGCAUGCGGAGCUCCAAAUUCAAACAGCUGUUUUCAGAGGCUGGCGGGCGGGCGAACUGGGAGCAGCUGGGGCUAGGAGAGGCUUUCUCUAGGAGGCGGCUGCUGGGGAGCCAUGGUGGACCGGGGCCCUCUGCUUACCUCGGCCAUCAUCUUCUACCUGGCCAUCGGGGCGGCGAUCUUCGAAGUGCUGGAGGAGCCACACUGGAAGGAGGCCAAGAAAAACUACUACACACAGAAGCUGCAUCUGCUCAAGGAGUUCCCGUGCCUGGGUCAGGAGGGCCUGGACAGGAUCCUAGAGGUGGUAUCUGAUGCUGCAGGACAGGGUGUGGCCAUCACAGGGAACCAGACCUUCAACAACUGGAACUGGCCCAAUGCAAUGAUUUUUGCUGCGACUGUCAUCACCACCAUUGGAUAUGGCAAUGUGGCUCCCAAGACCCCUGCUGGUCGCCUCUUCUGUGUCUUCUAUGGUCUCUUCGGGGUGCCGCUCUGCCUGACGUGGAUCAGUGCCCUGGGCAAGUUCUUCGGGGGACGCGCCAAGAGACUAGGGCAGUUCCUUACCAAGAGAGGCGUGAGUCUGCGGAAGGCGCAGAUCACGUGCACAGUCAUCUUCAUCGUGUGGGGCGUCCUGGUCCACCUGGUGAUCCCACCCUUCGUGUUCAUGGUGACCGAGGGGUGGAACUACAUCGAGGGCCUCUACUACUCCUUCAUCACCAUCUCCACCAUUGGCUUCGGUGACUUUGUGGCCGGUGUGAACCCCAGCGCCAACUACCACGCCCUGUACCGCUACUUCGUGGAGCUCUGGAUCUACUUGGGGCUGGCCUGGCUGUCCCUUUUUGUCAACUGGAAGGUGAGCAUGUUUGUGGAAGUCCAUAAAGCCAUUAAGAAGCGGCGGCGACGACGAAAGGAGUCCUUUGAGAGCUCCCCACAUUCCCGGAAGGCCUUGCAAGUGAAGGGAAGCGCAGCCUCCAAGGACGUCAACAUCUUCAGCUUUCUUUCCAAGAAGGAAGAGACCUACAACGACCUCAUCAAGCAGAUCGGAAAGAAGGCCAUGAAGACAAGCGGGGGUGGGGAGACGGGCCCCGGCCCAGGGCUGGGGCCUCAAGGCGGUGGGCUCCCAGCACUGCCCCCUUCCCUGGCGCCCCUGGUGGUCUACUCCAAGAACCGGGUGCCCACCUUGGAAGAGUUGUCACAGACACUGAGGAACAAAGGCCACGUAUCAAGGCCCCCAGAUGAGGAGGCCAUGGCACGAGCCCCUGAAGACAGCUCCCCUGCCCCCGAGGUGUUCAUGAACCAGCUGGACCGCAUCAGCGAGGAAUGCGAGCCAUGGGACGCCCAGGACUACCACCCACUCAUCUUCCAGGACGCCAGCAUCACCUUCGUGAACGCGGAGGCUGGCCUCUCGGACGAGGAGACCUCUAAGUCCUCGCUAGAGGACAACUUGGCAGGGGAGGAGAGCCCCCAGCAGGGGGCUGAAGCCAAGGCACCCCUGAACAUGGGCGAGUUCCCCUCCUCCGACGAGUCCACCUUCACCAGCACUGAGUCUGAGCUCUCCGUGCCUUACGAACAGCUAAUGAAUGAGUACAAUAAGGCUAACAGCCCCAAGGGCACGUGAGGCGGGGCCGGCUCCCCACCCCACCUUUGACGGCCUCUUCCCCCCUCACCCUGGGGUGUCCCGAGAUGGCCAGAACCCCUGGCCCUGGUUGGGGGGCAGCCUUGGAACUGGGAGUGGGGGCCAGGGGCAUUCCUAACCUUCCAUCAUUCCCAGCUGGGUGCAUGCCCAGGACAGGGCCUCUGUUAUCCAGCUGAUCCACACCCUGGCUGUGGGGGCGUCUGUCCUGAGCUUGGCUGGUGUAUCUCACAAUGCAAAGACAUGCAGGCUGGUGGGACAGGUGGGCGGGACUGACCCUGAGGAGGCCUUGCCUGCAUGGUCUUCACUCCACCAUUUGCUGGAGUGUCACACGGUUCUCUGAGGCCCAGGGCCUCAGCUGUUUAAGUUUACCGGCAUUAUUGAGCUCGGCAUUUGGAGCGGGAGCUCUGAAGUGUCUGGGGAGGUACCGCUGUGUGUGGGGUCAGGUGUUUCCGUGCUUUCUGUACCUCCGCAGGAGCACCCCCAUCCCAGCUGUGGGCCUGCCGGUCAGGUGGGGCACCUACUACAAACUGUAGUGGGGUGGAGGCUGCUGGAGGUAGGAGUGAGGAGAUGCAGGCAGGGGCUCAAACAGUCCUGACUCACAGGACCUGGAAACAAGUCCCAUGUGGGCCUGGGGCCUGGGGUCCUCAUCCUGCUUGUUGGUCUACUCAGGCCCAGCCCAAAGCCGUGUUCCCUGUCUCAGGUCAAGCAGUGGCAGACUCAAGGCUUUCUGUGGGCCCCUGAGUGGUAGGAGGGAGAGUGGCAGGGUUACUGGAAGCCGGGACUGCUAGGGCUGGUGGCCAGGGAGCUGCAAGAGUGAGGCUCAGCUCUGGCUGGUUCUGCCCUGACCCCUCCUGCCCGCCGGAGAACUGCACACCCCGCCCCCUGGCCUGAGGAGCUGCACUCCCCAUCCUGCUGUCUUCUCCUUCCCUGUGCCCUGAACAAGGACCUCACUGCCCACUUCCCCCUCCCACCAGCCCCCUUGGGCCAGGCAGGGUGAGGCCAAAUUGCUGUUGGCCCACAAAUGGGCGAUGGUCAAAUAUGUGAAUCAAGCUCCUCUCUCUAGCUACUGUUUGAUGUGCAUGUGUGUGUGUGCGGUGCGUGUGUGCGUGCGCACGCACGCCUGUGCACCCGUGUGUGUGUUUAAGGAAAGGAAAGGAUUUGGGCUGGGGAGCAAAAGGUAAUGUGAAAACUGUUGGACUCUCUGGUGAGGGUGGGCGGGACUUGCUGCUACUGGAGUUCUUGGCUUCUCCAUGAUGUUCCCCCUGGGGCUGGCCCACUGUGUCCUGAAUGUUUUUGUUAUUUUUUGUUUUAUGUUUUUAAACUGCUGUUUUUAUAUACCUGGAAUCUGUUGUUGGCUGCAGAGCCAGCGGUUAAAGAGCAGGGUCGUCAGGAUUGGGAGGUCCAGUGUCUGCCCUCCUGCCGUGCAACUCAAGUUGGGCCUUUCUUGGUGACGUCAUCCAAGGCCAUGAUGUCAAGGGCCAUGUCCCCAAGCAGAGGUGGAGAAGGGACACUGAGGUGAGCAAAGGCAGGAAGGGGCAUCCACUGCAGGUGACUGGAGGCCGGGCAGGAGGCAAGUCAUCAGAGCCGCCCAGCCGCCUUCACUCUCUGCCCUCUGCCCCACUACGGUGGGGUGGUGAGGCCAGAGCCCACCUCCCCAACAUGUGAAGACCGUGAUGGGCAUGUGCCCACACUCCCACUUCUCCAGCCGUUUGCAGAGGCUGCUGCCCGGCAGGGGCCUGAAAAGGAACAGCCUCGUAUUUUUCUGUGAAAUGUUUUAAUGAACUCAUGUUGUUGCUGGUUGUCCUGGCAUUGCACACACUGUAUGUACAUACUGGCAAUAUUGUCAAAUGUAAUUUAUUUUAACAUUUUUACAAUAAAACAUGAGGUGGACAGGCCA